GUAUUGCUCGCAAACAUCUAUCGCGCCUCAUGCCGAUGAAGGAGGGCUUUUGAGAGAAUCCUAUGCUCCCUUUGUCCUGACCAACACGCGUUUUUCUCGACCAAAAGAACGCGAUUGACGCGUCGGUCAGGAACGCGAAGUGCACGGAGUAUCGGUCUAAACGGCAGCUUCAGCAUCUGGACUACAUAUUUCACGACAGGCGAUUGAGGGCUGCUUCUUGGCCUAUGCUUUGCUAUACUCAAGCCAACCUCUCUCGAUUUCAACCCUGACGAGAGGUAUUCCAGUUCAAAACUAGGCCAGAGAUAUUGAAACCACGACUCCGUGCAACAAAAACAACAACAACAUGGGCCUUCGAGAAGUGACCGGCGAGGACGAGCGAGCACUGCAAGAAAUUGCAGACUGUCUGGCGAACUCGCACAAGGUCUUGCUUGUGACUGGCGCAGGCAUCAGUACCAGCUGUGGCAUUCCUGACUUCCGCUCCAAAGAUGGACUGUACAACAUGAUUCCCGGGCAGACCAUGCUCCCGACACCGCCGCCAUCAGAGCCUUCCACGCCUACGCAUGCGCGGUUCAAAGACCUGGCUGUCGACGAGGAGCCUUGUUCGUCCCAAUCGAGAAGCCGAAGAGUAUCGUCGAGUCCUUCGUCGCGCCUGCGCGGCCAGGACUUGUUUGACUCGCGAGUGUUUCAACAUGCCGAAUCCACCACCAUCUUUUACCAAUUUAUCGCUUCUCUUCGGCAGAAAAUCCGCGACGAGGUGCGGUCCACGAGCUCCGUGCACAAAUUCGUCAGGGUGCUUCGCGACGGCGGUCGGUUGAUGAGAUGCUAUACUCAGAAUAUAGACGGUCUUGAGCUAAGAGAAGGACUUGUGACGGAUCUGGCGCGCGGCAAGGGAAACAAACGCCGGUUCAUGAAGAAGCACUACGAGGCUCCCCGUCCAACACAUACACCGGGAACGGACUUUGAUGGAGGAUGCGAAGUCGUGCAACUACAUGGUGAUUUAGAGAAGCUCCGCUGCACCAUGUGUUCUACGCAGUAUCCCUGGACCGAUGAGCAGACCGAGGUCUAUCUUGAGGGAGCUGCGGCGGACUGCCCCAAGUGCCGCGACAAGAGUGACGAAAGACAAGCGAGUGGGAAACGCGGUCUUGCAGUAGGCGCGCUCCGCCCGAACAUCGUCCUCUAUGGAGAAGACCACCCUUCGAACACGUUGCUCACGCCGCUGAUCCCCUUUGACGCCAGCUGUCAACCAGACGUGUUGAUCAUCAUGGGAACGUCGCUGAAGGUUUUCGGGCUCCAGAAGAUUGUACGAGAAUUCGCAAAAGCCGUCCAUUCACACAAGAAUGGCAAAGGAAGAGUGAUCUUUGUCAAUCGUACUCGUCCAGCAGAGAGUGUGUGGGACGGCAUCAUCGACGACUUUGUGGCCAUGGACUGCGAUGACUGGGUAGACGACCUGAAGAGACGCCGGCACGAUCUAUGGCUCCGGCAAGGAGAGAUUGAUAUGACGGUGACGAAGUCGCAGCAGCCGAAAAGAAAACGAAAGUCAAUGGAAGAAUGUCCGGGGAAGGAGAACAGACCCGAGAAGAAAGCUAGGGUAAUCGUGGAAAUCCGUCGUCCUGCGAAGCCGAGACAGGUCUCAUCCAGCACCCCGAAGAAGGACAGAUCCGUUACAAAGAUGGCCAGGCAUCCUUCCGACUAUCCGGCGCGAGGAAUACUGUCCCCUCUAGCACAGGCGAAAAGACCACAGAUUUCGCCUUUCACGAGUCCGAUUCGAAUGGAGGACGAGGCUGGCCUCUUGAGUCCCAUUAAGCGAGGAACACCUAGCCGCCCGCCAUUUUCUCCCUUCACACCCCGGCUUCGUCCUACAAGCGCAAGACGGUCCGAUGACCACAUGAAUGUCCCAGAACAUCGGCAAGGCACGCCGAUGCGACCUGCGUUCUCACCAUUGACGCCAGGUGUCCGCUCUGGGAGCAAGUUGAGGUCAGAGGUGUUUAUAGAUGACUACUUGGACAACCAAGCCUUACCCAGCAGUCCUCCCGUCGAAGACUUUGAGAUAGAGUCGCUGUUGGAAGAGGCUACGUCGAUGGUGGAGGAAUCACGCAAGGCUAGUGCAUCUGCAGCGAAAUCGAGGGAGACCACCUUUAUGGCACAGAUCUGGGAGCGAGUGAGAGAUGGAGGCUUCUUCUCUUACGGGCGGGAUCCAGACUCGAUUCGAAAGCCGGCCGCAGACGACGGUGCCGAGGUUGAGACACCAUCGAGAGGUCCACGAGGCCGGAAAGUCGACGUUUUUGCCGCCUGAUUUGGUGUUGCUCAAGGAAUAGAUUCAUCAACAUUGGGCCAUGGAUGGACACCCGUGUUGAUUCGAUACGAGGCUACGACUGUACGACUUUGGGCAGAGCAAUACAAGUAGUAAGGGAAGGGGGCUUCUCACAGCAGAUGACAAUAUUUUGGAGUUUUGGCGUUUGGAAUCUGGCGCCCAAGCACAGCGGGACUCGUGUGGGAAAAUGCGGUGCCGCAGAUGCCCAUCGAUGCACAAUUUGGCGUCAAC